CCCACUCCCUGGUCCCUAGUGCUCUGCCUGCCUGGCCCUCGCUGUUCAUUCCCCACCCCGGGGUGGUGCGUCUCCCGCCUCGGGCGCUGGGUGCCCGCUUGCCACCGGGGCGUGCCUCGAAGUCACUGCCUGGACAGCGGGCCCAAGCUUGGCCUCUGCUGUGUGAUGGUGGAGUCACCCCAUUAACCAGGCCCUUUGAGCCCUUUCCAGAACCAUCCCCAGCUGCAGCCUUCAGUUGGGUAGCUUCUUCUGCUGGUUCCUGGGAGAGGACUUCCCUCUUAAGUGGCUAGCAGCAGUCAGCUCACGAGACUGGGCUAAAGUCCACUGCAGUCACACCUUCUGCUCUCAGUCGCUCCCACACAGCCCUGCGCGAACCAAUGUGGGAGUCACAGCCUGCUUUGUCUGUAUUAAAUGCCAGGAGGGGAAAUCACGGCUUUAAUGCCCUGGAAAGAAACAAACUCAGCAGGAUUGGGGCCCCUGUUAUUACCACAAGGGCUCAAGUUCCAAUGCUUCAUGCAGGAAGAGGCUAAGAUGUAACAGCAAUCUCAACAGUUGUGAAUCACGCUAAACAUAAACAUCAGCAUACCAUUUUUUGAGUGGGCAGGGACAAAUUCUUACGCUGGGGGGAGAAAUGAUAAACAAAACUCAUUGUGGCUGAAAGCACAACUAACAAAAAAAGUAAACUUAAAUCCUACAUACAGCAUGGCACUCUUGCACUGCUCCUGUUUGCUUGGUUUAUUGCUUCUUGGCCAAAGGCUCUAGUAUAAAACAUGAGGCUCUAUGAGCGACUAACCAGAUCUUUCCAGGCUCCCGUCACUGUCCACAAUUAUCCAAGCAGCCACGUUUAUUUGUUUAGAAAUGGCCGAUCAGAUCCGGAUGAGUCAUCAGAGGAGGAAUCUGACUUCUUGGAAUUACGUCCAAGGGGCAAGGAGCAGCAGAAAAGCAAUUCUUCCCAAGAGAGAGCUGGGGAUGUAGUGCUACUGGAACGAGAGCUCACCAAGGACGAUAACCUUAACAAGCUAGCCCUGCAGUAUGGUUGUAAAGUUGCAGAUAUCAAACGUGUCAACAACUUCAUCUGUGAGCAGGACUUGUAUGCUCUGAAGUCUAUCAAGAUUCCAGUCAAGGCCCACGGGGUGUUAACAGAGACCAGCAAAGAGUUAAAACCUCCUCAGAAUGCACCUUCCCAGGCUGGAAUGACACUGAUUGAACUACCAGAAUCUGAUGAUGGAGCCACCAGCAGCAGCUAUUCUGAAAGCAGAUACCUGACUGACUACUUUAAGGGGAUUGACCAGACCAUUGAGGAUGUAGUGCAAUCAAAAGUACAUUUAAAUGCAGAUUUUUGCAUAGAAACACCAAACUGCUCACCAUCCAGUUCAGUGGGGCAAAAGGAGCCCAAUAAUGGUGCAGACUGUGGAAUCCAGUGGUGGAAUGCAGUUUUUAUCAUGCUCCUGAUAGGAAUAGUAUUGCCGGUAUUUUAUAUUGUCUAUUUUAAAACACAACAGACUGGGUCGGCAGCCCAUACCUCAAACACUACCUUUGCCUCGAAUAGCUCAGCUCAUGAAUUGGGGGGAACAUUGUUACAGCACCUACCAGUUGUGAAAACCCACACAUGGAAGAUACAGUCCAGUACUGCCUCACCUCCCAACACUGAUGCCCAUAAACCAGUAACUCUGACCCCACUGGAUUCAGGUGGCUAAUUUAAGUGAACUAAUGAUCUUGACUGAACAAUAGGAUGACAUAUUUUCUCUGAAUGAAUAAAGCUGUUUUGUAGCUUACCAAGUGCAACAGACAUUUGGCUCUGCGUUUAGGUACCUCUCAAGAGUGGCCUUGUCUAAAAAUCUGAACUAGGCAGACACAUCAGUGUUUGUGCUCUUAAAUAUUGUAUGGGUUAUUGAUUGGAAUGAUGCAGUCUUAUAGCUCAAAGAUGACAAAUUUUGUAUAGACUGAGCAAUUUUCCCCCCACAACAAUUUAAAACAAUGUUUUUUAUCCUCUGGCAGAACUGAGUGGGCCUUGCAUACUUAACCCUACAUCUGACUUUAUAGCUUGAUAGACUAGCUAUGGUACAUGGCACUGUUAAAACUAACCAGGACACUUGAUACCUCCAUUUCACUUUACUCUUAUCGAUGACAGUAUUGAGCUAGAAUGACCGAGGGUCUUAGCCUGCUGUGAGCACCACAGAGGCAAGGGUCAGCCUUUGCAUGGAGGCCCUGUGACUUCAUUAGGGCUCCAUGCAGGUACCUAGUCAGGCCAGAGCUCACUGCAGGAACUAGCCCUUAGGUCAGUUAUUCCUCAGUAACAGCCUUUGCUCAAUAGGGAUAGCGAAAAUUCUGUUCAGCCAUACAGUCCAACCUGCCAGCAACCUUCAGUGUCCGACUCGGCCUAAAGGCAUCUUGAGCAUAGUGUCGCUGGGCUGGCAGCUGUAGUACCCUACAUGGACUAGUCGGCAGUCCCUUUGUCUGCACAGUGAGCUGUCUCAAGCACUGAGUUUCAGGUUCAACAGGGUGUCCUUGCUCUUAGGAGUUUAAGCUAGAUGGGUUAGUGAGGAGUUUUCCAAUUUGUGCAGUAAUAAAAAGUCAGGGGAAACAAGCCCCCAGCUAUUUUAGGAGUUCAUGAGAAGGAGCAUAACUUGUGGGCUAGGGCCUACAAACCUGGUGUAGGCUAAUUUUAGGCAUUUUUAGUGCCUGUGUAGCUAGUCAGCCAUGUUUCUGAUCUCCCAUCUCCAUCCUGAAAUAAGGGCUCUUGUGUGAGUACACAUGGUUGUCACAGAGCCUAAUAAGUUCUUGAUGCAUUCUGGUAUGUUGAAUGGAGGCCCACAGGUUUCGGGUAUAGUUUUCAAAGACUUGUUUACGGUAAAUGCUGAAUGUGUAGAAAGGUUCCUUACAGUAUAUACGGUAAAUGUGGAUGAAGACUAAGCUUUGGGUAGUUUGAAUCUGCAAUAAAAACCUCUUGAUUGAUGUAGCCAUUUUAAAAAUAAAUUCAGAACUGUUUCUCAUGGCUAACCACGACAGUAGAAACUAACAUUUUGAAGUUGUAGAAUUGAAAAUACCUAAGGAAACAGUGUGUAUAACAUAAGCAAAAAUCUCUAACAUAUUGACUAAAUAUAAGCUAACUUUCAGCAUAGAGCGAACUUUAAGGAAGUUAGACUUUUCCCAAGCCUAGACACUGACAUCCCAGGAGGUGCAACUAUAUAAUGCAUGUGUUGACCAGCCUGAGUGGCUUAAAGGAUACUAGCUGAAAUUAUGGUAUGAAAAGCAAAGGGUGCUGAAUGCGGAAGGUAGCUGGGUCUCCCUCCCCGCCCCACACUUAACUGGAGGACAGUUAUAGAAUUAGUACUGUUGUAACAGGGUACAAAUCACAGAUUAAUAAAACACUCAUUAGAAAAUACAUAAAGGUUUAAAGCAAAAUACAGAGAGAGGGGUUUUUUUCUUUCUUUCAAACACUCAGAUGCAAGAGUCAAUACUUUUAGAUUUAUUUACUAGAACAAAAUUAAGCAGGUAAAAGGAGGAAACGAUAGAAGACUGAAAAAUAACUUUUGAAAUGAUUUGUCAAAUUAAGGAAUUGCCUGCUAUUGUCUUGUCAACAGAGGGCACUGUUGUCACAUAAAUACCCAAAAGUUGAUGAGGCAACGUGAAGGAAAUUCAGAUCUUAAAUUUAUGAGCACAGGGGUUAGUACUAGCCAUCUCUGUCCCAAAUUAAUCUAAGUGCUAAUGAAUAUUCUUAUCUAAGGUUCUGAGAUGGGUGUUGAAGUUAAGAAUCAAGAGAGAGAAAUUCUGUCUUUACAAUAGAUUAUGUCAGUAAUAGUCUUGCUGGCCGGAGGCACAUACGUGGACAGCAUUUGCGUUUAUAAUGACUCAAAUGAAAAAUGUAUCUGAAAAACUAGCUGCUUGCUGCAAAGGGAGCUGGGAGGUACAAUGAAUAAAGUAAACAGAACCUUCCUGAGUUACAGUGUUAAGUCAUGGGACUGAUAAACAUAUAUUCUUCCCGCAGCAAGUAGGAAGCUCUUGCCAGGUUUUAAGGGGGCUUGAGGGAACAUAAUUUCUUUUAAAAAGGUACCUAAAGCAUCUGAUUUCUUAAAGCCAGCUGUGUCCAUUUAAAAUAAAUAUUUUUCUUCUGUGAAGGAAAACCGGUCCCUUCUGUGGGUUAAUUUUUAAAUGAAGAAAAAAUUCAAGAAAAGCACAGUGGAAACUA